UUCACCAGUGCAGGAUAUGGUCUUUAUCAGUCAGUGCCAGCUGUUUGUCACUUUGUCUCUUGGAAAGAAAUUGUAGAACAGCCAUUGGCCUCCGCAGCACACAAGCUCUCUGUUAAGAUGAAGAGUCAGCUGCUGGUGCUGCUCCUCUUCCUCUCAUGUGAAGGUCAAAAUUCAUGCCCAAGGGUCUGCUUGUGUCAUGACGGGAUAGUGGACUGCAGUGGGCGCUCUCUCACCACCUCCUCUCUCCCUAGUACUUUCCCUGCAGAAACCACUGAGCUGCAACUCCAUGACAACCUGCUUACCACUCUGCCAAAUGGCCUGCUGGAUUCACUGCUCCACUUACGCUCAGUGUCUCUCCACAGAAACCCCUGGGCGUGUGACUGUGGGGUCCUGUACCUGCGAGCAUUGUUGUUACGUCACUCUGUCAGACACACAUCCCAUUUACAGGUCAAUUGCAGUUCCCCACUGAACCUCAGGGGCCGUCUUGUAGCGUAUUUAAGUGAGGAGGAACUUUUAGACACCUGUCAUUACUGGUACUGUGACCUGGCUUUGGUGUCCCAGUUGUGCCUGCUGGGUUUUGUGCUGCUGCAGGGGGCGCUGUUGUUCGCGGUCGUUGUAUUCCUCAGGAGGUUUCAGCACAUGUCCAAAGAGGCCAGGGGAACCACAGAGGAGAGCUUCACUGCAGGAGAGAUGUCCCAGGACAAUGAGUAUUCACUCCUAAGAGACACAAGCAUGUGAUGUAUUAGUUCACUACUAUUCUC